AAGAAAAUAAAAAUGAUAUAAAUCAACCUGACUAUACUUGUCAAUGCGAUUCUGAUUCCAGUGAAAUUGAAGAUAAUCCAACCAAUGCAAUUACUUCUUUAUAUAGAAAAAUUUUUAAAACUCAAACAAAAAUUUCAGGUUCAAUGGUUAUAGGCUUUGAUAAAGAAUCAAUAUUUAGUGAAUUAUUACAUAAUAUAGAAUUUUGUCCUUAUUCAAUUAGUUUAGCAGAUAAACUAUCUAUUAUGAUCUUUAGUUUAGGUACUUCUAAAAAGGAAGGUAAUUCAUCAGCAAAUAUUUGGCAAAAAGUUGAAAUUUUGGGAAAAUAUCAGGGUACGCAAUUAUUUGAACUUGAGCAUACAUAUACACAAUCUGUAUUGCAACGAUUAUAUAUUCCUAAAUGUCAACCAUCUCAAUGGGAUGAUAAAGAGCUAAUAAAUAAUCUAUAUGAAUACUAUUUCAAAAGAUGA